AUGAAGUCCCUUUGUGCUAUCUUAGCUCUUUUCUCUCUUCUUUUGUUUACCAAAACAAUAGAUUCAAGAAGAGAUGUCGGGAAAUACUGGAAAAAUGUCAUGAAAGAGCAACCUAUGCCACAGGCAAUUGAAGGCCUCCUUGUUGAUAUAUCUGAUUCAACACCAAAAGAGAAAGCCGACUGCCAUGAAAAAGUGAAAAAACCUUUUGUUGAGGUUGAGGUUGAGGUUGAGGUUGAGGAAUUUGAACCCAGACCCAGUACCACACAGUACAAUGAUCAUGAAACUAAAGCAAAGCUCUCUUCCAAAUACAAUGCUGGUCCUAAAGCUAAGCAGUCAUUUGCAGCAAAAGAAGAGUUUGGGCCAAGGCCAAAUCCUUUGAUUUACAGUGGCUAA